AUGCCGUCUUCGUCGAGGGGCUCGCAGCACAGCGGGAGCGGUUACACAUUGGACUCCGAGCUGGAGGAAUCGCCCACCAACACACCGGGCUCCUUAAGCAGGCAGUCGUACGACUCGAAACUGAGCCGAAGUUCUUCACGGCGCAGUAAUGCGGCGAGAGGUGAAUUGGACCAUGAGGAUGUCGAGGCGCUGUCUGAAAGGCAGCAAAGUAGCCGGUCGAGCGCUGGGUCGGCGAACUACACGAAAGCGGAGACCGGGACCAGGUUGACGAUGGGCGGGCGUUCGGAUAAGAGCAGCAUGCACCUCGCCUCCUUUUUCACGAACAAAAGCAGUCGAAGCAGCGGCGGUGGCACGGAUCGCUCUGAGAGCUCGCGGCGGUCGUCAGCUCGAUCAAGCGAUGAGGGCGAAGAGUAUCACAGAUCGCGGAGCCGCAGCUCGGUUUCGUCGAGGAGCAAGGAACGCAGCUCCUCCAAGAGCAGUCGCUCCUCCGCGAGCGUUGACGUGGGGCCGUACUCGAAAACGCAAGUGAACUCCCCCGUUGCCGACGACAGGAUACAACAGGCGUGCAGCAAGUACGGGCUGGACAACGACAGCCUGCAGGAAAUACUGGAGGGCAGGCAUCGCUCUCAGCGGAGCGAUGCGUCGCUGUCGAACCGUGACCAAGGUUCCGAGAACGGCGAGACUUCGCCUGACAGCUUUAGGGAUGAAAUGCUGGUGUAUCUGCUGCAGCAGCAGCUGAAGCUUAAGGCCGAACUGAAGGCGCAAAAGUCGCGGGGGCACGGGUCGCAUUCCACGGAUGGAACGCCAGUACGAAGCGGGCGGUCAUUCCAAAGUGACGGUAGCGGGCGGAGUAGCAAAGGUUACAAGGCUCUGGAGGAGGUGACGCCAAACGAAUUGAGGAGCAUACAGGAGGGCUGGGGCGGCGACUCGCUGCGUGACCAGGAGAGUAACGCACCGGGCACGCCCAAAAAACAGGGCACGCGCUCCAAUGUACCGACUUUAGGAAACAGCGGCGCGUUCACGCUCGAGGACACGUACUCAUCGUCCGGUGCGAGCCGAAGGGAGGGCAUGCAACAGCAAGCUUCGCACGCAGGGGGUGCACCGAUGGUCGCCGAUGAGCCCCCACUGUACGCACGCAACAGUCGGACGCUGAAUGCUGACGAGAUGGGGAUACAGAACGAAGCCAGCUCGCUGCAUAACGAAAUCGAGCAAAUCAUCGACAGUCUCGCGAGCUCAGGCAUGGACCAGUUGAGUGAUGGCGCCAUGGCAGCAAACCAGAAUCUGGGCAUGAGACAGCCACCCUUUCCACCUCAAUACCCCCAGCAAUUCUCGGGCGCUGGCAGUGGGCAAUUCAGCAUGCACAGCCCCAACCAACCGCCUAUGCACAACGGCCAACACCCGUACAUGAAUAGCGGAAGCCAUUCUUACAUGAAUAGCGGAAGCCAUUCUUACAUGAAUAGCGGGAGCCAUUCGUAUAUGAAUAGCGGGAGCAAAUCAUAUACGGACAACGGAAGCAAUCCUUACGUAAACAACGGCCACCACUCGUACGAUAACAGCGGAAGCAACUCGUGUAUGAACCGGAUGGAUGCCCCCUAUAUUAACAGCGGGAGCAACUCGUAUAUGAACCGGGUGGAUACUCUAUAUGACAACAGCGGAAGCAACUCGUAUAUGAACCGGAUGGAUACUCCAUACGAUAACAGCGGAAGCAACUCGUAUACGAACCAGAUGGAUAACCGGUUUAUGUACCCGGAGGAUGAGCACUAUGUCGAUGAGCUACCCCUGCCCAUAAAGGUGCCCACCAAGGAUCCGAAGCCGGAUGUCAUGGAUGCGAUGGUCAUGACGGACCAGACUGCGCGCGAAAACGAACUUCACGCCUACGAGAGGCUCAACAGAGAACUGGAGGAGGAGGCUUUCGACAACCAGGGUGCUUACCAAACCGACAACACGCGCAUCACCAAAGACGGGAUUUCAUGGGAGAUCACGGAGUCCUACCUCAAGGAGGAAGAGAGGCGCAUGCUGCUCGAACAAAAACGCGCUCAAAUGCUCAAACGGUUGAAAGAGGCGCCCUAUGCGAAGACGCAGACGCUGCAAGACCACUACGCCAAGUGGGCGGCCAAAAAGGCGUCGAUGCCUAAGCCUCGCGACGGCAGACCUGAGGAACGGGUUGGCAGCAGCAAAUCUUUCGACAAGGAUGAAGCGUUCUGCCAGGUGCCGUGCAACGUCAUCGACCCUGUGGCUGCAACUUGCGGUGCGCCCAUCUUUAGACGCACAAGGGGUAACUCUCGCCAGCGCCAAUCGUCAAAUCAUUCCACAGAUUCGAAACAAACCCCGCCGCCCAGGCAAGCCGAUUACCAGAUUCCGAAGGCGCCGCGGCUAGCACCGAUUCAGCCGCCGAUGAAGGAGGCGCCCUGCAGCGGGGAUGCGACGCCGAGCCGCAGGGACAUCUACAUCAAGGGGUCGUGGGACCCUCACACCGGCGCCCUAAGAAUAAGUAAUGAUUUAGACAGUUCACAAAAUACGGAUAAAACCCGCAUUCUUGAUGAUUACGUUGACUUUUUGAAACAGAAUCCUGGAAACUGGAGCCGGGAACCCAGCCUAGACGAGACGCCCUUACCUCCACCCAUGGUCCGUGCUCGUGCCGAAGACCCGCCUACUAUGAAACCGGAUAUCGCAAAGGAGGUGCGUGAAGCGGAGCCGGAGCCGUACACUAGGAGAAGUGUCAGCGCCACUGAGUCCAUCAGAUCGGAGAAAAGCCUGACUCUGACCUCGUCGUCCUCGUCAGGGAGCCAGGGAGACCUCUACGAGAACGACGAAUUCUACCCCCCGAGCGGCCCGCUCCCGGGCGAUUUUUCAGGUGUGGGAUUCGCGUCCCCUGCACAGCAGCCGAAGUACGCGAUGGGUUUCAGCGACCCGUACAUGCCGCCGGUGAGGUCGGCCAGUGACCUCUACAGUUCGUCCAUGGCGCACCUGGCGGUGUUGAAUGGCGCGCGCGCGAGUUCGACGAUGACUGCGCCCGUGCCUGCCAGCAAUCCGGAGGAGCGGUCGCACCACCACCACUAUCACUACCACUGCUCGGAGCGGCGCCACCGUACGUGCCCCCACCGGAGGAGGCACGGCUGUAGGCACAAGCACCGGAGCAGCUGCUCGCACAAGAAGCAUUCGCAUGCGCACGGUGCAGCGUCGGACGACUGCGAGCACAUCAGGGAGCACCGGAAGUCUCCAUGCCGGGGCCGCUCCAUGGCGACCAUGACGUCGCGUGACUUCGAGCCCGCUGAAAAACCCAUGCCGGCAGCGGAAAGGCAAGAAACGGAAAUGACACUGAUGUCACCCAAGAGCAAAUCAAGUAGAUCAAGCCCCAGCUUCUUCUGCAAGUCGCCCAGCCCGCGCUUGCAAUCGUCGCCGGUCGAACGCAGUGGCUCCGGCAUACGGGUUGCGGCGCCGUUCGACCCGUGUUUCGACUCGUCCGACGACGGCAAGCAUUCGUCCCACAGGACUGAGGACUCCGACGAGGCGCCGCUGUCGUUCCGCGACAUCAUUACCACUGCUGGUAGGUUGAAGAGCACCGACUUCGUCAAGGUUACCAUGUACCACUCACCCAACGCUGAAAACGAUGUUGCAGAACAGCAGCCUGCGGAGGCGCAGGCGGUACUCGAACCUGAGGUCCAUGUCAAGCCGUCCGGGUGGUGCUGCGCCGAAACCACCAAGGCCGAGGAAACACCCGCGGAACAGCCCCAGUCUGACGGCGUCGGCCUGCGCGACGACGCCACCGUCAGGGCUGAUAGCACGCGGUCAAGCAUGUGUCGCGCCCCGUCGCCCACCUGCACCGCUCCCUGGAGCACGAGUCCAGUCAGGUACCCUCAUGUGUUCAGCAGGCGGGUGCACGUGAGGACUACCAACAGCCCCAAGGUCUGCGUAUCGCCGCUCGCGAAGCUGGAGAAUGGUGAGUGCCCGAACCUGUGCAAGCAACCCGACGCGAGUCCGUUGAAGGUGUGCUACGACUCGGAGGCUGAGUCCAGCGAGCAGUUCACCUUCCGCGACAGCAGGCCGGACGACUCCAAGCAGGCCAACGCGCCGCCCAUCUUCAAAACGAGAGUGCUCUACGUGGGCAACAACUGA